UUACAAUUCUACAGAGGUUAGUGGUUGCGUUAGACAUUUCAGAGAGUUGAGUUGCGUCGUUGAAUUCUGAAAUCGAAGGUUUGUUUUGUUUGCUUUGUUUGAACGAUGGGUGGUGCAGCUCACGCUUUGAAGAGAAUCCCUCGCAUCAAGUUCCCCAAUAGACACCAAAAACCAUCUGGUUCUACCUCCGAGGCUCAAGCUUUGUCUUCGAAAAGCGAUGGCAGUUUAUCAUUCUUUUCAAGUUCAAAUGCAUCAACAACAUUAGGAGGAAAGGCCUCUCUUCAACCCAAAAGAACUCCAGUGACUAAUGAGGAGAUUGAUGCAGUUUUGUUGGGUGGCUGCUUCUAAUCGACUGUCCUCAAAACAAACUGUAUGAACAUUUUUUCUGUGGCUCUGAUUAAUCAAAGUUCACCGACGACGGUUCCUUUUUCUUUUUGUUGCUCGAGUGUUAUGUCUAAACACUUUAUUGAUUCAAUGUGUCAAUAAUGCAAUCCGAUCAGGAUUGAAAUUGAAAACUACACUAUGUUAUUAUCUCUCUUGCUAACCAAUUUACCUAGACAGAAGGUGCUUUAAUCUCUUGUGAUAUCUCUAUUCUCAACAAACUCUACAAAACAAUUUUUAGCUAUAUAGUGAUCCCAAAAACAAAAUGUAUCAAUUUGGAUUAAGGUAUCUAUCUCAA